UGUGUGUUCCAACUGAGUUAACGCGCGGUUUUCAAUGGAACUGGAAGCUUUCAAAUACUUGAAAGAAGCCGUUUUGACUAUUUGUCCCUCCUCAGCCAAAAUCACUGGGAAUGUGGCGUUAACAGCAGUCCUGUAUGGAUUUGAACACCUGAUGGAGAAAAUCAACUCGUGUCCCUGCGAUCCGGUACGGAACGGUACCUACGCCAUGAAUGCUUUUGGUAUACCUGCAACUAUCCUCUUUAUGGCCAGUUUGGUGGUGGUCCCGGAUUCACGGAAACUGCUCAAGUGUGCGACCUGCCACAACCUCAUUCGCGGUGAGACCUCCGACAACCCCAGAAGUGAGACCUCCAAAACCUACAGAGACGAUGAGAACUGCUGCACAAAGGAUUCGUUUGAAAACUGCUGUACCCGGGAUUGGUAUCGCGCCUGCUGCACCUGCAGACAAUGUCGACUUAUACUGGCCACUUGGAUAAAAGUAUCGAUCCCAUCCCUGAUAUGGGUAGUCAUUCUGUUACUGGACGGGGAUUACUACACCUGUUAUUGGUUACCGUCAAACAAUCAGACCGCCGGCAGUACGGGGUGCAAAGACUUUUGCAACAUCACAGCUUCGUUCGAAGAGCGCCAACUUUGCUCCAGGUAUCAGUGGAUUGGUGCUAUUGUCUUGGUGGUGACUGUGAGCCUGUUGGUAGUUUCUUACUUCCUUCCGGCAUGGAAGCCCACCGACUGCACUGAGGAGAUAUAUUACGAGAGAAAGUUUCGGAAAAAACUGGAGAAGAAGAAACUGACCAAGAUAAAGGAGGAAUUGGAAAAGAAAGUAACAGAAUGUGCAGAUGUGGAGUCCGGAAAUCUCCUUGGUAAACUGAGCCUCGGCAAGACAGAGCAGGGUAAAGGGCAAUCCAACCAGUCAACGGAUAAGCAUGAUGAUGACGAUCACCCCGAUCCUGACAUGGGUGAACCUCCCCGUAAACCAACUGGGGACAAUACCCCAAUGAGCAGUGUUUCGCCUUCACUGCAGCAACCCGGGAGUGUUCACGAGUCCACCACAACUCAACCAAGACAGCAUUUACACCACGAAGUUGAAACUGGUGCCUCAGACAGCAGUCACAAACGUCCAACUCAGAGCUAUAUCGAAAAAUUCGGCAUCCACCUCCCCCAACCCGACAAACGAAAAGCCACCAGCCAGAGCACACGCUCCGAGGAAUUGUAAAGUUACAGCUAACUCACUACCACGAUAUCUGCACAAGUCUGGAGGAUUUUCAACUGCUCAGUAACAACCCUGAUUUUGGACAGAGAGGUUAAACAAAUAGGCUCAGACAUCAAAUCAAACCUUGUUUUCACCAGCAGCCGAGACACCAACGAGGGGACAAAGACGCGGGUCAUUUAACACUGAGGCGAGCAGAACUUUCUUCUCACAGAGAGUGGUGAAUCUCUGGAAUUCUGUACCCCGAAUGAUGGUGGAGGCCAGAUCAUUGAAUAUGUUUAAGCUGGAGAUGGAUGACUAUUUGACAGAUCGACCAAUUGAAGGUUAUCAGGAACUGGAACAGAGGAGUUGAAGCAAGGGGCAUAUCAGCCAGGGUCAUAUUGAAUAGCGGGACAGGCGUGAGGGGCCUGGUGACCACUACUGCUCCUAUAGAACAUGGAACAGUAGAGCACUGGACAGGCCAUUCGGCCCACGAUGUCGUGCCGAUCUUGAUGCCAAGUUAUACUAAACGUCCUCCUCCUGUGUACAAUCCAUAUCCUUCUAUUCCCUAUAUUCAUGCGUCAAUCUAAAAGACCCUUAAAUCCACCAAACUGGCUGCCUCCACUUCUUUACCUGGUGACACAUUCCAGGCACCUAGCGCUCUCUGCGUAAAAAAAAACUUGACCCUCACGUCGCCUACACACGUCCCCCUUCUAACCUUAAAAGCACGUCCUCUGGUGUUUGACAUUUCUACUCUGGUGAACAGAUUCGGACUGUCUACCCUAUCUAUGCCUCUCAUAGUUUUACAGACCUCUGCGGGAGCCUUUUCAAGCACCUGGACUGUUGUGUCGGUCUCGCUGUCUCGGGCAGAGCGCCGCGGGAUAUCGCUGACGGCGAGCUCACAGUAAACAGCUGAGCUUCCACCCACAACACAACCUUAACUCGGUCUUCACACUUCAGGCUGGUGGGACCUUGUCCAAUAAUUCAUAAGGACGCUAUAUUUUCUAUUACAGCAGCAGCUAACCUUGAAAUGUCCCUCACAAACUGUGAGAUGCUUGCGCUGCAUCUAUGUUAUUACGGACAAGUGUUCUGAAACAGUUAGAGAACCCUCGGCCGUGGAACAGAGGUUCACCGAUGCGACCACUGAUGACAGAUCUACAGUACACGGGCCCUGAGCCUAAUGGCACAAAGUCAUUAAAAGCCCGUCCGAGAAACUGAAGGGACAGGUAGCACACACUUAACGCAAGGCCCACUCACAGAAUCUUUACGGCAGAUAAACUAAGUCUGGCCAUGUCCUACACCAGGAUCCCAAUCAACCCCGUAAUUAUUAAGUAUGAUUGCCCCUUCAGCGGCAUAAAAACCUCUUUUGAAGAGGAUUUAAGAUGAACUCUUCUGUACGAUCCCAGUCUGGAGUAGAUUAAGGCAAGUGGAGUAGGAUAUGUAGCCCAAAUCAAAAUGGAUAAAAGUGAAGUCAAUGGAAAAACCUUCAGUGGUUGGAGUCACAUCUCACACAAAGGAACAUGGUUGUGGGUGUUGGAGAUCAAUCACCUCAGCCCCAGGAGAUGACUGCAGGAGGACCUGUGGGCAAGGAAGGACUGUAUGAAUAGGAGUUGUAUUCAUUGGGUGACUUCGCAGUGAGUUGCCUUCAAAAUCAAAGGCAGAGAGAGUUAGAUGGUAGUUGAAUCCCAAUUUAUAAUUGAGAGCUAAAGCAGAGCAGUUUUAUUAGAAUAUAACCGUGCACAGCAGUUUCUAUCAUUUCAUAUCAUGUAAUUCUUUUGUUCCUUCCUGUCACAUUUCAUGCUACAUUUUUACUGUAUUUUAGAUAACAUUAGAUGUGGUGUUUACCGAAUUUUAAUAAAUGUA